UGUGGUUUCACAGAUCUUUAUAAGACGUGCAGGCUGAGAGGAGAGACACCAGCCCUGGACUCUGCUCCAGAAACAUCUGUCACCUGACACACAACCUGAGCUUCAGACCCAUCAGACCCAUUGGACCCAUCAGACCCAGGACCCACCUGAACAUCUCAACCUGAACAUGCAGCUCCUGUUUGCUCUGCUCCUGUCGGCUCAGCUCCUGUCGCCUCAGCUCCUGUCGGCUGAGCUCCUGUCAGCUGAGCUCCUGCCGGCCCUGUCAGAGCCUAAAAAAUGCCCCGUUCCAGGGUACGAGAAGUUUCUGCUCAAGCAUACUUAUGACAAACGCACUGAAGUGGACUGUACUGACUUUAUGAAAGACCUCCUGCCAAAAAUUAAUCAGAAACAGUGUAAACCCUGUAACACCAUCAUAACUGGAAAUCGGAAAAACAGAAAAACAAACAUCAGAGCAGUGCUGGACGUCUGCAAAGGCAAAGGGUUCAAGGCCCCAGUCAACUGCACGAGCUCCACAAAGUUCCAUGUAGUUAAAUGUGUUGCCAAGAACCCUGAUGCACCUCUCCCCUGUGAUUACUCAGAAAAACCAAUCACAGGCUACAUCACCAUCACGUGUGAGAAUGGAUGUCCCGUGCAUUUUGUUUCCACAGAGCGUCACGCUAAACCUAAUCAAAUAUACUGAUGAUUAAAGGUCCUAUAUUACAUUUUACAUUCACUCUUGUGAGCUUUAAGCCGUGUUAGAAUGUUUUUGCCUCCUCAAAAACAAACCCAGAGUUGUGUUUGUGUGUGAAUGAAACACGACUUCAGGGAUGUUUGUGCAGAGGAAAAAACAUUAUAACAUAAAUCAGAAAAUAGCGUAACAUGGUCCCUUUAAUGAAUGAUCUAGAACUACGUCUUUUUGUUCAAGGACGUAGCACAAAACUCUGCUCUGGUCACAGAUCAUCUUGGUUUAACCUGCACUAUAUAUUCAGUUUAUGAACGUUGCUUUUAAUAAACAUGUGCUCCUCUGCUUUUGUAACUUGUACCUUUAAUGACACAA